UCUCCACCUCUAUAUCCCAAACAAAACCCAGAAUUCAAUUUCCAUUCUCUCUCUCUACCAUUUUCUCUCUCAUUUUCUCUCUCCAAUUCUUUCAGAAAUAGGAAAAAUUGAAGGAAAAUGGCAGCAACUAGUAGUAGCAUUUGGGCGGUAACAAAACCGAAAAUAUCAUCAAGUGAUAAUACCCUGAAUUGGCCCAAUAAAACCCAGCAAAUAAAAUCCUCUUUACAAUUACCGUUACUUGACUCUCCUAAAAAAACAACACUACCAAAGAAAACGAGCGUUGUACCAAAAGAAGUUAGAAAGCCUAUUUUAACACAACCCAAAGAUAACGGUAAAAGAAGCUUAAAAUCCCAACCAUUCCAAUGGAAUCCUAUCCAAAAAGCUGUUGCUGGUGCUCUAGACAUGGUGGAGAAGGCUAUAAAUUCACAUGAAACCGAACACCCACUACCAAAAACAGCCGACCCUCGAGUUCAAAUUGCGGGUAAUUUCGCCCCUGUACCCGAAAAAGGUGUUCAACGUAACCUCCCAGUUACCGGGGCUAUCCCCGAAUGUAUACGAGGUGUCUACGUUAGAAAUGGAGCUAACCCUCUUUACGAGCCUAUUGCUGGUCAUCAUUUUUUUGAUGGUGAUGGUAUGAUCCAUGCUGUUCAAUUCAAUAAUGAUGGAUCAGCUAGUUACUCUUGCAGGUUCACUGAAACCAAUAGAUUUGUCCAGGAGAAAAAAUUGGGUAGACCUAUUUUUCCCAAGGCAAUUGGGGAGUUACAUGGUCACUCUGGUAUAGCUCGCCUUCUUUUGUUCUACUCUCGUGCAUUGUUUGGCCUUUUGGAUCAAACUAAUGGAAUCGGCGUUGCGAAUGCGGGAGUUGUAUUCUUUAACAAUAGACUUCUUGCUAUGUCUGAAGAUGAUCUUCCUUAUCAAGUUCGUGUCACUCCUUCUGGUGACUUAAAGACUGUAGGUCGAUACAACUUUAAUGGUGAGCUUAAGUCUACUAUGAUAGCUCAUCCUAAGGUAGAUCCUGUUUCUGGGGAGAUGUUUGCCUUGAGUUAUGAUGUGGUUAAAAGGCCUUAUUUGAAGUAUUUCUGGUUUGGUUCUGAUGGUGCUAAAUCUCCUGACGUUGAGAUUAAUUUGGAGGCGCCUACUAUGAUGCAUGAUUUCGCAAUUACUGAAAAUUAUGUCAUCAUUCCGGAUUCUCAAGUGGUUUUUAAACUGCAAGAGAUGAUUGGAGGUGGUUCGCCUGUUGUUUAUGACAAGGAGAAGAAAUCAAGGUUUGGUAUUUUACCAAAAUACGCCACUACUUGUGAUGAAAUUCAGUGGAUUGAAGUUCCAGAAUGCUUCUGCUUUCACCUAUGGAACGCAUGGGAGGAGCCUGAAACUGAUGAAAUAGUUGUUAUUGGAUCCUGCAUGACUCCUGCAGAUUCAAUAUUCAAUGAAUGUGAUGAGAAUCUGACAAGUGAUCUAUCUGAGAUCAGACUGAACAGAAAAACAGGAAUUUCUACCCGCAGAGAAAUCCUGUCUAGUUCAGACAAAAUGAAUCUUGAAGCUGGAAUGGUUAACAGGAACAAACUGGGGAGGAAAACUCAGUAUGCAUACUUAGCCAUUGCUGAGCCUUGGCCUAAGGUAUCCGGUUUUGCUAAGGUAGACCUCUUCUCAGGAGAGGUUAAAAAGUUCGAGUAUGGUGAUGGAACAUACGGAGGCGAACCCCUGUUUCUUCCCAGGGAUGCAAAUUCCGAGAGAGAAGAUGAUGGGUAUAUACUCGCAUUCGUGCACGAUGAGAUCAAUUGGGAAUCAGAGCUUAAGAUUGUUAAUGCAAUGACUUUAGAGUUGGUUGCAACUGUGAAGCUGCCUUCAAGAGUUCCAUAUGGUUUCCAUGGUACUUUCAUCAAUGCUAAAGAUUUAAUGGCACAAGCAUAGAAAAUGCUGCAGUCAUACACAGCAGUAAAUUAUAGGUGAAAAUAUUUACCAGUUGUAGUAAUUUACCGUUAGUGAGGAUGUCUACCAGAGGGAUAGUUGCAGAUAUGUCCCCGGAGAAUAUGCCUCCUUUGCUAAGAGCUAUAAUUCCUUUUUUUUAUAAGGAAUUUUAAGCUCGUCUUUUCUUUUCUUUUCUUUUCUUUUUUUUCCAAAAGAGAAAGGUUUUUUUAGGAACCAGCUUGUAGCUUUUUGGAUAUAUAGUGAUGAAGCUCAGCUGGUUUCUGUGGAUUCUUUCUCUCCUGUCAUCCUGUGCAUGAAGUAUAUACUAAAAUAUAUAUUUUUUUUU